GCCGCCAGAUUAUGAUGCGCGUGCGGGACAGAAAUAGACACCGCGCAGCUCGAGGCGAUCCUCUAACCCUUUUAGCUCGUAUCUCCGUGUCUUUCCCCGAUCAUUUAAAUUCUUUUUACAAAAUGGUCAUUAAAGUCUUCUUGGCGUCGUCCUCUGGAUCAACAGCGAUCAAAAAGAAACAGCAAGAUGUUGUUGGGUUUCUUGAGGCCCUUAAAAUUGACUACACACAGCUUGAUAUUGCUUCAAAUGAGGAGAACCGGCAGUGGAUGAGGGAAAAUGUCCCUGGAGAAAAGAAGCCCACCAACGGAAUUCCUCUUCCUCCACAGAUCUUUAAUGAGGAAAUGUAUUGCGGGGACUAUGAAACUUUCUUUAACGCUAAGGAGGACAAUGCAGUCUAUGAAUUUUUGGGUCUGACACCUCCACCAGAAUCAAAGGAGGCAAAACAUGCUGAAAAUUCACAAAAGCUUCAUAAAGCUCAUGGAUCUGGCUCAGAGGAACACCUUGAUGGUGACUCAACAAAAAAAGAAAUUAAAGAAAGUGAGCAGAAUGGAGAAGCACACACCACAGAGCUGGAGGAUGAAGAUCAGGUUGAGGAUGGGGAGACAAAUGCUGAGGAAGAGGGAGAUGAAGAGGAGGAACCAACAGAAGAGACCGAGGAAGAAGAAGAGAGUAGACAAGCAGCUGAGGAGGAAUACCAAAAUGAAGAGGAUGAAGCAGGUGAUGACAAGGGAGAGGACAACCAUCUAGCCUCAGAGUCUCAAGAAGAUUUGAUGUCUGAGGACGAAGAAGAGCUCCAAAAGCUUGAGGACGAGGAGGAAGAGCAGGGCUCUGAGGAGGCUGAAGACUAAUUUCCUAAAGCUAUGAAUAUUGGAGCUGAAUCUUCCUACACAGCAUGAAGUACAGUAACAUGCCACCUGCCCUGGAGCUGUCUGCCAAAAACUCCCAUAAACACCUGUAUCAGAGCGUUGCUCAGGCAAAUGUGACACCGCUGCACUGAAGAACAUGCACUCAGGACAAACUAGGCGCCAACUGUAGAAAAACUGUACCUUAUCCCACUAAUUACAUUGAUGAGGUCACAAAAUGCCUUUUGCUUUAUUGUUCACAUAUAUUGCUGCUUUAAAAAUGAAAUAAAGGGAAUGUUUUUUAUUAUUGUACAUAUAGAUCAUAGUUUGUGACUAACAUGUUGAGAAUGUUCUGUAGAUUCAUAUGUCUCAAAACAGGUCUCAUAUAUAUGCCAAACCAAUGCGUGAAAAUACUUCUGUGAGUGUCUUACAUUGUGAAGUACACUUCCGAUCAAAAUUUUGGACACACUUGACUGAUAUUUUUAUGUGAUUUGAUCAGAAUAUCUUGGUUUAGGAUUAUGUUUAAAUAUUUGCGGUUGGGUAAAUAUAAACUGCCUAGGAAUUUCUUUACAAAACUAAAACUGUAAUUUGUUAAUAUUUUUAUAUGGCAACAAGUAGAUAAACAUAAAUACGAGUUCCUCAAUAUUGUUUGAAAAGCAUCCCACUGUGCACCUCAUGAAGUUGACCGAGAAUUGUAGCAUUACUUUAGACAAAGGUUAUCUAGUUUAUUAAAAUGAAAUCCUAACUGCCUAGUUUAAUUAGCAUAUUUCAUAGUUUUGACAAAUUCAGUAUUAUUGACUUAAAUGUUAAAAAACUUCUAAAAAUUAAUAAGUAGGUGUAUCCAAAUCUUUGACUGGUGGUGUAAAUAUUUUUUUAUUAGGCUAAAUUAAACUGCCAAGUAACUGCUUAAUGUGGUAGGGGCUAAAAGAUAUAGAAUUACUUCUACUUUAGAGAGAUUAAAACACUGUAAAAGUUAAAAUCCCCUCAUGCUUGCAGUCUAUUAUGUCAGUAUAUUUUAGUCUGAUUAUGUGAUGUCAGCACCUGCUUCUCUGUAGUCAAGUUAGCACUUUGUAUGUAGACAGAGCUUAAUGACUGGAAAUGCCUUUAUUUGCCAAUAAAACAUUUAAAAGCCC